GCGCAUUGGAUAAGCUAGACUUAAGUUUAAGCAUGGGAAAGAACGAAAAGGCAUCAGAGACUUCAGAGUUGAAACGAGAGGGAAGAAAGCGUAAGAGAAGAGAGGAAGACGAAGAGAUGCGUCGAAUGAAGGAGAAAAUGGUGGAGAUGGAGAAGACGUUGAAGGCAGCAUUGGACGAGAUCGCUAAUCAGAAGCAGUCUGUACCUCGAAAGCGAGUUCGAACUGCUAAGUACGGCGCAAGUCGAACAAAGACAGGCGGACUGGUGAGCGCAGUUUUAGCUGUGACGCCAUAUACUUAUUUCGGCUCGAGUUCAUUUUUAGCUGAAACAAUACCGAAUCAGAUUCCGGAUCAGAAAGUGAGAAUUCGAGUUGCGGAGAUGAGUUGGAAACACCAAAAGCACAGGCCGAAAAAUUCCUGGGUGAGGACCCGAAAGAUAAAAAAGAGAAGAAACUGGUGAUCAAUGAGGUGCUUGUGUCAAGGAUUAACGAGUAUUUAAAGGCUGGUUUGCAAAAAGAUCUGAAAGAUGGAAUAAUCGAGGGAACACCGCGCAUCGGAGAGAACCUCCAGAGCUUAACUGGGAAAUUGCGUAUGGAUUGAACGAAGCCGCUCGGAAGCGAGACGAGCAUUUCCGAGAAUCUUAUAAGAUGGCCGGCACAGCUAUUGCAUGCAUCGCAACUGCGAUUUCACGUUUCUUUGAGGAAGACGAGGCACCAAUCGAUUGUGAUGAAGUAAUGCAGCUCAUGGCAAACACGAUGAUGAUGUUAGGCGAAAUUAUGCAUUUAAACACGGUUGCGAGAAGAGCCUUCAUAACACCAGCUUAUGAUAAAAAAUUCAAAGAAAUUCUGGAGAAAUCAGACAGCGGAAAAUUAUUGUUCGGAGAAAAGCUGGGUGAGCGAUUUAAGGAAUGGCAGAGUAUGGAUAAGACUGAGGCUGAGAUGAAGGCGCUCAAGAGGACCCCCUUCAAGUCACAGAACACGAAUUCGGUAAACUGGGAGCGGCCGUCGAAAAACGAGGCGGGAUCGAUGAGCCGCAAGAAGAAUUUCUUCAACUCAAACGUCUCAAAGAACAAAGGCCAAUUUCGUUCAAAUCGAACGUACACACAAACACAGCCAACGUCGUCGUAUCACGGGAGAUCCAGAUACUACCGGAACGAUCGACGAUAGAGGAAUCAGAUCCAUCCGCUGGCGUCACAGCUUUCGUUAAUUGUAGCGAUGCUAUGCGGAAAGCCUUUGAGAAACAAGGAUUCUCAGACUCGGUGCUAGAGAUUAUCACGGCAUCAUUAGCAGAUUCCACGAAGAAACAAUACGACUCGGCCUUGAAAAGUUGGUGGACGUUUUGUACGAAUAAUCACCAGGAUCCGUUCGAGCCGGAAAUAAAAACGGUUGUUGAGUUUCUGGCGGGAAAGUUUAAGGAGGGAGCCUCGUACAGUACGUUAAAUUCAACGCGAUCAGCCAUAUCAUUGAUUGUGAGCAAAGAUUUGCAACAUGAUCCGAUUUUGCAUCGGUGUUUCAAGGGGAUCUUUCGGUUGCGCCCAACAGCACCGAAAUAUUUUAAAACCUGGGAUGUAAAUGUGGUAUUAGAUAAGUUAGCAUCGUGGUUUCCAUUAGAUUCAUUAAGUCUAAAAUUAGUGACAGAAAAAUUAGUAAUGUUAUUGGCACUCGGUACUGGUUUCAGGGCACAAACCUUAUCCUUGAUAAAAAUUGAGGAGAUUUCAAUAACGUCUUCGACUGUUGAAAUAAAAGUUUAUAAGACGUCGAGACCAGGUGCCCAACAACCUUUUGCUUGUAUCCCUUUCUUUAGAGGAAAACCAAGUAUUUGUAUAGCUUCAACUUUAGUUCAUUAUUUAAAGAUAACGCGUGAGUUAAGGAAAGAUGAAAACUUAUUAUUUAUAUGUUAUAAGAAGCCUUACAAGGGCGCUAAUGUUCAAUCGAUUCGUAGAUGGAUUAAAUCUGUGUUAAAGAAUUGCGGGAUAGAUAAAUCAUUUACAGCGCACAGUACGCGUCAUGCAUCGACAUCGGCAGCAUAUAAAAAAGGACUUGAUUUAAAUAUAAUUAGAAAUGCGGCUGGUUGGUCGGGAGAAUCAAAAAUGUUUGCUAGAUUUUAUAACAGAACGAUAGAUAAUCAAGAAGGUAACUUCGCGAGCACUGUAUUGAAUUAAUCGUACUCAAAUAAAAAUGUUAUGUUCAUGGUCAGUUACAGAAAUAAAUAAAAUUAAAGUUAUUCUCUAAGCAUCUACGUCUUUAAUCAUGAGAACGAGUACGAUAUACAAUUAGACGAUCAAACGAACUUACCUGUAAGUGAAGUUCGAUCGUAAUUAUACGAGUGCUCGUUCGAAGUGAUUAAAUCCCACCCUAUAAUACAUGAUAAUGAUAAUAUCAAUAGAAUAAAAAUCCCACCCAGAAAUCACUCUAAAAAAUAUGAGGAUCGGGCGCGCGCGCGGAGAGCAAGAAAAAAGCUUGCUCUAAAGUGGCGACAUCUGACGCUAGGAAGCGGUACUACGUCUUUAAUCACUUCGAACAAGCACUCGUAUAAUUACGAUUGAACUUCACUUACAGGUAAGUUCGUUUGAUCGUCUAAUUCUUUUUCAAUAGCAUAAGCGGAUAAAAUUUUUGCAAUUAUUAAGAGUUUUUUUAUAGAAUAACCACAGCGUGGAGCGUUUUGAGCCCAUUUCUCAACCAAAAUAGGUACACUAGAGAAUCACCACUCAUUUUUUUAUCCCAAAAAACGCAUUUGUCAAAUCAAAUGGCGCAAAGACACCCUCAUUUUCCUUUUUACUAUUCUCACUUAAAACAGUUAUGGGCUUUGUUCUGAAGCUUUUUAUUGAUGACUGGUCGCAUGGAACAAGAAUUUAGGAACGCCAAUUUUAUUACAAAAUCUAAAAACGCCUCAAACUGCUAAUGCUCAGCAGUUUGAGCAGUAUAAUGUUAUAACCGAUACUGAAAUAAAAACUUAUUAUUAUUAA